AUGGAUCGUCGAAACGUUGUCUUCAGCGUCGUACAAGAUAGAUCGAAGAUACAAACAUUUGCCCCAACUCUAUUCACUAUGUCCAAUCAAGCACAAGAAACUGCAGAAAAAAGCGUUCAGACACAAGAUUCAAAUGGACCAUCAUCUGCAGUUUUAGUCACAAAUAAUCCCGAGAAUACCGCCACCGAAGUCGCCAAUACAUUAGUCUCGAUGGCCACCGGUCGACAGAGAGUCAUUCCAACUGUUAAACAACUAAAUGUAAUUACUGUUUCGAAUCCAUCGUCAACAAGCACAACAACAGUAACAGCGACUCCAACGUUGCCCAUUCUGUCCCUAGCUGACUAUACUACAUCACGUGGUGUCCCGACGGCUUCAGCCUUAGCUAAUCAAGCUAAAUUAACUCCUUUGAAACAAGAUGAUAUCCUUGAAAACAAUGACAAUGAUUCAUCAAUGUUAACCGAGGAUUAUAAUCAGCUCAGAAAUGAGAACAAUUCAGCAAGUAAAUCUCGACGAGGCAAAUCGGCGAAAUCAGUAUCGAACUCUAAAAAUACGAAAUCACAAGUAAUUGAGCCUAUUCAAUACGGUCCAAUUUUAGUCAAACCAAGGAAACAGAUUGCACCGACACUUGCCAGUGGUCGAAAAAGUAAAGAUGAACCGCUUCCACCAGAAGAAAAUGUCAGACGUCAACAACGUCGUGAUCGAAAUAAACAGGCAGCAGCGAAAUGUCGAAAGAAACGAAAUGAACUUCGUGAACAAUUAGAAAAAACGGAACAAAUACUAACGGAACAACAACAAAACCUUCAACGUUCAGUCCAAUCAUUAUCCGACCAGAAGAAUCAGCUCGAAUCACUACUGCAUCGUCAUGCCUGUUUGAGAAAAGCUCAUUUGCCAACAGUGAAUAAUCUAAAUCUGACGAAAAACGACGUGAAAACACUUUCCACCUCGAAUGUUCUCGAUCCGAAUAACAUGUCUACCACUGACACCCUUCCUUCGUCAUCUGCAACAACAACAUCAACAGGCGUUCCAAUGAUAACUAUUCACAUUCUACCCGAAGUCGCCCAAGCGUUACUCGGUUCAACAUCUCUCGAUAAAGCUAAACUAGCUGAACUAUUACAACAAGCCAAUACACCUAAUUCCUCUUCCUCAACAACUAUCACAACAACAACAACAGAUUCCGCACCGACCAACAAUACAAACUGA